UUAUUCUGAUUCUGAAGUUGUAUAAUUUCUUUUAGUUGUUAUUCCUUUAUUUCUGGGAUAUUAGCCUUUCACAUAUAUAGUAGAAGUAUUAAAACAUAACAAUUACUUUUUUUUUUAAAAAAAAAAAAAAAGAAAAGAAAAGGAAGAAGAAGAAGAAGAAUUCGACAUGCAGUCUUUUUGUUUCUUCUUCUCAUUAAUAUGGGAUAAAUUUAACGGAGUUGAAGUUUUGGGAGCAAUUCUUUUGGCCAUCAGUUCAAAAGCUGAAAAGCUAUUAAAGGCAUCUCCAUCUGCGAAGGAAACUAGGCUUCUCAACACAAAUGGCCGUACCAGUUUCAGGGAGCAUUUACCGCGCCACACAUUAUCCAUUGACUUUGAUGGUGAAGAGGAUAUCUUCUUCGAUUGUGAAGAAUGGCCAUUGCCAGAAUCCGAACCUGAGGAUGAUUUUCAAAGUGCUAAUGGCGAUUUCAGCCCUUGUUCAAGUAGCUCUGAGUCUGAAAGCUCGAUGAUAGUCAUGGGGAUGAGUAUGGGCAUGGGUUUGAGUAUGGACAUGGGGAUGAGGAGGGGGGUGAGCAUGGAAAUGGACAUGGACACGAGGAUGACGAUGGCCAAUGGCAUAAAGAAUAAAACUGUUCUUUCCAAAAACGAACCGCCUCGGGAUUUCCUAGCAAGAGAAAGGAACCUCUCUCACUUCUUUCAUCAGGAUCACUUCUGGAAUUACGGGUACAAAUAUAAAGAUUUUGAGCGUCAUAAGCAAGAAGGCGAAACAUUAGAGAAUGGGAGAAAACUAGCUCAGUUUCUUGAGGAUAGCUAUUGGGUUAAUCAAGCAGGCGGUGUUGACCGUCACAAGAAGAUUUUCCCUUGCUUACCAACCACCAUAGACCGUCCUAGGUCAAAAAGAAAACCGCCUUCUUCUUUCUCAGACGCCAUGCCUCCGCCUCCGCCUCAGCCGCAACCUGACAAUGAUGAGUCUAAAACACGGAAGAGAAACAUGAGGAAGCAUAGUCGCUGCACUAAUUGCCUUCCAAAAGCUUUCAGUUGGCUUCACUGUAGGGGAAGGAAGAAGCUAAGCCCUGCUCCUAUUGAAGAGUAAGAAACCACCCAUUAUUUUAAUAUUUUUUUUACUUAUUUCCAUAAAAGUUAACACCAACUAUGAAGCUGGUAUGUAAUUGUAAAUGCAU